CAUCUGGAAGUAUGGACAGUGCUGUGACCCAUACUUUAUAGCAAAAUUCAUAUUUUUUAAAAUGCGUGUGGUAAGUGACUCAUGAUUGCUUCCCAAACACUUAUUAAUUGCCUACUCUCUUUUGAAAUGCAGGGAGCUGGGAUCUCUCACUAGCCCUCAAACUACUGAUUCGCUGGCACGCCUAGUCUCUUCCACUCUUUCUGUUACAUGUAGUGCCUCUGCCAAUGAUGUUCGAGGAGUUGUCCGGAGGGAGCUGCAAAACAAUUUAGAUAAGGAAAACCCCUCAUCAUCAUGUUUCGAGCAUGGGUACACUACUGAAGGAAUUGAGCACCAUGAAGAGACCUAUUGUGAUAGACAAAUGGUGGCUGGUGUGCAGUUUGAAGAACCAAAAAGCAAUGAUGAUCUAUUGUGCAAGGAAGGUAUGGAUGAAUUAUUGAAAGAGUGCUUCUUUAGGGCUUUGAACUUAGUUUCAGAAACAGCAAAGCUUCCUCUUUUGACGAGUACUUUCUAUAGUGCUUUCAUGCUUCCUCAGUGUCCAACAGGAAUGAGACUGGAUGUCAAAAAGUCAUCCUAUAAAAAGCUCUCACAGUUUUUGCGUAUGAUGCAUGAGUUGGGGGUGAUAAGAGUUCAAGAAACAAUGAAAGGUGUUGAAAGUAUAACUAACAUUGAUUUUGACCAUCCGUCAAUAAACAACAUAUCAAGUCCUGCAUCUUCUUCGGCCUCAGCAGUUGGAACAACUAAACUAGUUCGGGACAUAUAUGUAUCAGAAUUCUACUCACCUUCUCAUAAACUACUGCCACUUUUUCAUUGCUCUGGCUAUGACAAAUCAUCAUUGUUGUCAGCAACACAAGUGAGGGAAUCUAUAAAGUUAUAUGUUGAACAGAAUCAGCUUCAGUCUGCAACAAACAAAAGUAUAGAUUCUGCAACAAGAGGCACCUCAGAGUCUAACUUUAGGUGUUGUUGUAUUGGAUCCAAUACUAUGUGAAGCACUACAUCAUAAAACCAGCUUUGUAUGUGAGGAGCUUACUUGGGCUGAACUUCUAGAAAGGUCAGUUAUGCUGUACAGUUGUUCUGUAGUUUAACAGACUAAGAUAGUAUAUAACUUUUUUGCAUAUCUAUAUACAAAAAGGUGUUUUCCGAAAACUGAACACUUCCUUGGAGUGAGAAAGUAUCUGUUUCGAUUGGGUCGGAUUGAAUGUACACCUCUAUAAAAGUGUAUUUUAUUUGCUGUGUACGUUAUUAGUCGAAACUAUAGUGGACAUAGGA